UUCCUUUUUAUUGUUCCGGGCGGACUAUCGACUGUUAAUGAAUACAGUUCCACCUUUAAAAUAUAGGGCUGUCCUUGAACUUUGCUACAACCGUCGCAACAUUACAUGCAACAGACAGCAGAGGAAAUAAAAGAAAGAAAUGUGCGCUGUUUGAGUGAAUGUUUGAGGAACUUUCUUAUCAUUUGCGAUGGUGGGAAUCUUCCAGAGGUCCUUAAGGCUGAGGACAUCCCUGAGACAAUUGUCCUUCCACGGCUCCACCUCAUCCACAGACACAUUGUCAUCCUUAGUGCUCCGGGGUCGAUUAUUUCCCAUCAGCAGCCCUUCUGUGUUUUUCUCCACUCAUCGCACACUCCAAGCUCCCAAUGAUGGGCCUAAGUCACUGUCAGACACUCCACCACCGAGGCGACCCUUCAGCAGGGUUACGGAGGAGGAUUUGACCUUCUUUAGGACGCUCCUCCCUGGCAGGACCAUCACAGACCCAGACCUGCUAGAGUCCAGCAAUGUCGACUGGCUCAAGUCUGUGAGAGGUUCAAGUGAAGUUUUGCUGAGACCUCAGACCACAGAAGAAGUGUCUCAAAUUCUUAGGUAUUGUAACAGUCACAACCUGGCGGUGAACCCUCAAGGGGGUAACACCGGCUUGGUUGGUGGGAGCGUUCCAGUUUACGACGAGAUCGUCCUCUCCACCGCCCUCAUGAACAACAUACUUCACUUCAAUGACGUCUCUGGUAUUUUAACAUGUCAGUCGGGCUGCAUCCUGGAGAAUCUGUCUCUCUAUCUGGAGGAGAGAGGCCACAUCAUGCCUCUGGAUCUCGGAGCUAAAGGGAGCUGUCAGAUCGGAGGCAACGUGGCGACUAACGCUGGUGGGCUGCGGCUGCUGCGCUACGGCUCCUUACACGGGACGGUGCUCGGCCUGGAGGUGGUGUUAGCCGAUGGACGGGUGCUGGACUGCUUGUCCACGCUGCGCAAAGACAACACAGGAUAUGACCUGAAACAGCUGUUCAUUGGGUCAGAGGGCACUCUCGGGGUCAUCACUGCGGUGUCCAUCCUCUGCCCACAAAAACCCAAAUCUGUCAAUGUGGUCUUCUUGGGCUGUGAGACCUUUGAGCAGCUGCUGAAGACGUUUCAGCUGAGCAAAAGAAUGCUGGGAGAAAUUCUGUCCGCCUACGAGUUCUUGGACAGCGAAUGUUUAAAUCUGCUCAAAACGCACCUCAAGCUACAGAACCCCGUCUCUGAUUGUCCGUUUUACAUCGUCAUAGAAACUCAAGGAUCUGACCCAAACCACGACGAGGAGAAACUCCACAACUUCCUGGAAGAAGCUAUGGCGUCGUCGUUAGUUGUGGAUGGAACCGUAGCCACCGAGGAGGGGAAGAUAAAGGCGUUGUGGUCGAUGCGUGAACGCAUCACAGAGGCGCUCACACACGAUGGCUUCACCUACAAGUACGACAUCUCUCUCCCGGUGGAGCGGAUCUACCAGCUGGUGACGGACAUGCGGCGGCACCUGGGGGAUCGCGCCAAAAGCGUGGUGGGAUACGGACACGUGGGUGACGGCAACCUUCACCUGAACAUCACUUCUCCUGCCAAGAACGCCGCUCUGCUGGCGGCCAUCGAGCCUUUCGUGUACGAGUGGACGGCCAAGUUCCAGGGCAGCAUUAGUGCAGAACACGGACUGGGUCUAAAGAAAAGGAACUAUAUUCAUUACAGUAAGUCCAGCCAAGCUGUGGCGCUGAUGGGGACCAUAAAGGCCAUGUUGGACCCGAACGGCAUCCUCAACCCGUAUAAGACUUUACCAGAUAAUCUGAAGUGACCGUGCAGCAAUGCUGCAGGAGCGGACGCCAGUCCCUCUUCUUGUCCAGCACCUUUAGAAAUGAGGAGUUUUAUAGGAACAGAAUCUGUUAGACAGUUGAGGUGCAAAAACAUAAAUGUAAAAAAAGAUCUUUAGUUAUUUUUGAAUUUUUCCGGUGGUAAACGUAAAUGUAUUUUCAUGUCGUAAAACUGAAAAACUACAAUAUUGCAACAUUUAGGUAGUUUUUACAGCCUGAAAAUGCUGUAAAAAUGACUUCAAGUUUGGCAAAAGUUCUGUUUACUAAAAGACUUUAAAUGCUGCAUUUUAAGUCUUUUUAACCUGAAUUUGCUGUAAAAAUUAUUUAAAUGUUGCAUUUUCAAAUUGUAAAACCAGAAAAACUAACUUUCAAAAAUUGAAAUCCUUUUUACUGGCAGAAAAUGCUGUUAAUCAACUUAAAUGUUGCAUUUUCAGGUUGUAAAACUUCAAAAUUUACAAUAUCGCAACUUUUGUCAUUUUAACAUUUUUUCAGGCUGUAAAACAACAAAAAAAACUGAUGUAUUUUUUUUUUUACAACAAAAAAUGUUGCAAAAAUUACUUAAAUGUGCAAUAUUGUAGCUUUUCUUUUUUACAGCCUGAAAAUGCAACAUUUACUUCAUUAUUACAACAAUUUUUAGAUGUAAAAAAACUUUAAAAUGCAACAUUUAACUAAUUUUAAAGCAUUUUCUGGAUGUAAAAAAGGCAAAGUUGUAGUUUUUAUAGUUUUACAACCUGAAAAUGCAACAUUAAAGUUGCUUAACAAUAUCCUCAGGCUUCAAAAAUGAUGUAAAUUUUGUAAUAUAGUAGUUUUUCCACUUUUACAGCCAAAAAAUGCAAAUACAUCAUAUUUUGGCUGUGAAAAUGACAAAUGUUGAAUUUUCAGGUUAUAAACCUGGAAAAACUACAAUAUUCCAACAUUUAAGUCAUUUUUACAAAUCUGAAUAUGCUGUAAAAAUUACUUCAAUGUUGCAUUUUUAGGUUGUAUUAAAAAAAAUGAAUAUUGCAAUAUUAAUUUAUUUUUAAAGCCAUAAAGGUUGUACAAAUUUUUGCCGUAUUGUAGUUUUACAGCUAUUUAGGUCAUUUUUACAGCAUGUUUGGGCAGUAAAAAUGACAAAUGUUGCCUUUUCAGACUGUAAAACAAACAAAAAAACCCCUUUCAACAUUUAAGUAAUUUGUACAGCCUAAAAUGCUAUAAAACAAAAACUUAAAUGUCGCAGUAUUGAAGUUUCCUUUUAAAUAUAUUUGAUGAAGUUGUUUGUAAACUAACAGCAGGAGUGAGUCAUCCUGUUUUCCUUUUCAUAUCUGUGAUGUUCAGCCUCCCACCAAAGACAAAGGAGGUUCCAGAAAAAGGAAAACAGGAAGUUGUCAAUGGCAGUAAAAGUUGAACUCUGGUGUAAAAUCAGAUUGUCUACAGACUAAUCAUUACACAAUAGUGCAGUUAAUGUUUUAUUACAUAUAAAAAAAGCAACAUUUUUCAAUAAAGCAAAGCCAGCACUUUUUUGUGUUGAAACCAAUCUUCAAUAAAAGUUUCCACAUGAA